AUGGCGUUGUCCGCCUUCCAGAAGGUGGCCAUGGUGUCCGGCCUCGUGCUGUGCGUCUCGCUGCUGCCUGCCCAAGGCCUUCCUGUCCGCGGGAGGAGGCCGGAGCCGCCGCCCGCGCCCUCGGGAAAGAUGGGUCGAUUUCCGCCAAUGAUGCACCACCAGAUGCCAUCCGAUGGUCCGGCUGCUGGUGCCCAUUUCCCCAGAUCUCACCUUGCAGAGGCAAUUGCAAAAACCAAGGGAUCUGGUGGCAGUGUGGGAGGUGGUGGUGGAAGAGGCCUUAUGGGACAGAUUAUUCCCAUCUAUGGUUUUGGAAUUCUUCUCUACAUCUUGUACAUUCUGUUUAAGCUCUCUUCCAAGGGGAAAACGACUGCAGAGGAACGGAAAUCUGCCACUGCUCUCCAUGGAAAUCCAACUAGGAAGAUCACCAAUUAUGAGCUUGCUCAGCUCCAAGAGAAACUGAGGGAGACAGAAGAAGCCAUGGAAAAGUUAAUCAACCGAGUGGGACCAAACUAUGAGAGGGCACAGAACAUGACUUCGGACCAGGAAAAACGGUUACUGCAGCAACUCCGAGAAAUCACCAGGGUCAUGAAGGAGGGCAAACUCCGGGACAGCCCCUCUCCCGAGAAAGAAGCUGAGGAAGCCCCUUACAUGGAGGACUGGGAAGGCUACCCAGAAGAGACCUACCCAGUUUAUGACCUUUCGGACUGUGUCAAGCGAAGGCCAGAUACAAUCCUAGUGGAUUACCCUGACUUGAGCCAGGCCUCUGCUGAGGAGAUAGCAGAAAGAAUGGGGGGGCUAGAGGAAGAAGAGGACCACUUAUGCUGUGACAGUCUGCCAGCUGACCUGGGUGAGGUCAGCCAGGACUGCCAAGCCCAGAAAGACAAGCCUGUCAGUUUUAGUGACCUUCCUCCAAGCCAGAAAGUAGAGUGCACAUGCUGUCAGCAUGAAGAAGAUGAUCCUGCCAUCAUAGCCGAGAACAUGGUGUUCCCCCUGGAUAGCAGCAGAGAGCCGGAGGAAACAUACCUGCAUUCCAGAGAGGCAGUGCUGGGGAACAGACUGGAGGAGGCAGAUGAGGCGGGCACGUUAAGGAAGCGGAACCUUCAGGGUUUUGAGUGAAUCGAGGCUGUGUGGUUAGUUGUCUGGGUCCCAUAGGUAACCCACUCAUCCUUCCCCUUUGGCCCGGUGACCUGCAGAGCUCCCCAUCCCGUAGCAGCUCCUCCUCUGUGAGGCUGGUCCAGUGUAGCUGAUACCACCUGCCCCCCGGGCCAUAUUUUUGUUGACAUGCAGAGCAAUGCAGAGACGGGUGGGGACAGGAGGUGUCAUAGCUACAGUCAUCCAGCUUCUCAGAACAGUCAGUGCAUUCAGUAGUCAUUAUCUGUUAAUUAUUCCCAAUUUGGCCACAAGGGGCAGGAAGUUGGCCCAGAAGUAUAGCCCACACCUUCUCUCCAGGAACAACAGACACACGUGGCUUUCCUUUCCGUAGGCAGAAGCUGGUAGACAACCAUUCAAUAACAAAGAAGUCCUGAGUUGCCCAGUUAUGUGAGUUUUGGUAUGGUGAGAAGACAGGCAGUUUACUUUGAAGGAGAGAUUGGCUUUAUUUGGAAUAAUCGUCGGUUAAAUAUAAAAUGAACCUCUUUCUAAGUGCAAAGGAGGGAGCAUCCCCCAAAUCUUAGAGUCUAAUCUAUCCUGUAACUAAGGAAGAGUUCCAUCUACAACAUCCCUGACAAGAGGUUGUUUAGACUUUGCUUGCAAACCUCCAAUGAAGGACACCACGCUACCUUCUGAAGCUGCCAGUUCUACUGUGAGAAAGCUCUAAUGGUUAGGGAGUUUUCCCUCACAGCAAGCCUAAACUUUUCUCUCUGUCUCUCCAUCCGUGGCUCCCAAAUCUGCUCUCAGGCCUAAUCAGGACAAGCCUUUUGUUCCAUGUAACAGCAUUAAGGCAUCUGUCCCCCAGGCCCGGCCUGUCUCCCCUAUGUCUUCUUCAGCCUAAACAUCUUUACUUCUGUCAUCCGUUCCUCAUAUGGCAUUAUCUCAUUCAAGGUCCUUCACCGUCCAGGUGCCCUCUAGUCACUCUCCAGCUUGUCACAUUCCUCCCUAAAAUGUGAGCCACAAAACCAGUUGAGGGCAGAGAACCACAGAAUUGUCACCUUCUUGGUCCUGGAAGCUACACCUCUCUUAACCAUAUUGACCCAUGUUGAACUGCAGUCCACCAAAACCCAGAGGUAUUUUUCAAAUGAAUUUCUUCUAGCCGUACCACUAACCUUGUAUUUGUAAAAUUGAUUUUUUGAACCCAAUCAUGACUUUACAUUAACCCAUAUUAAAUCUCAUUAGAUAAAUUCAGCCUGUCAGUUUGGGAUUCUGACUUAUUCAUCCAACAUGUUAGAUCUCUCCUAGAUUUUUGCCACUUGCAGAUUUGGUAAGCAUACUAUUUAUACCUUCAUCUAAAUAACUAAUAAAAAGAAAUACCAAAGGACAUGCCAGCCAAGACUUGGCUCUAAGCCAGCAUCAAACCAAUCAGUACUAAGUACUUCUGGGGUCUACCCAUUCAGCCAACUCCAGCUCCACCUAAUUUGGCCCACAUUCUCCCAUCUUUUCUGCAAGAAUAAGACAAGAGAUUUUGUCAAAUGCUUAGCAAAAAUCUAGGUCAAUUUUAACUAUCUCAUUCCCCUGGCCUGCCAAUUUAGUAACCCUGACAAAAAGGGAAAUGAGGUUGAUUUGACAUAAUCUGUUUUCUGUAUAAGCAAUUGCUUCCCCUUGUAUAUGUUCGUUCCUAUCCCUAUAGGAUAGGCACUUUCCAAGAACUUUUCUAGGAAGUCAGAUUCACUAGCCUAUGGAUUGCAGCUGUUAACUUCCUUUAUUUUUUUUUUAACCCGGAUGUUUGUCAUUUCUCCUGCUGCAUCACCUCUCCCUUUCUCUUGUUGUUGUUGGUCAUUUUUCAGUUGUGUCUCAAUCUUCAUGACUCCAUUUGGGGUUUUCUUGGCAGAGAUACUGGAGUGGUUUGCCAUUUCCUUCUCCAGCUUG